AGUUCCCUGUUCUGCCCUGCGUGGUAUUACAGUGAGCCCGUAUAUACGAAAGUUGCAUUUGCCAUUUAUUACUUAGCUAAUAAAAAAUACAUAGUAUAAAAUCGGUGACUCAUUGUUAUAUUUAUCCUGAUACCAGAUUCUAAUUUACGCAACUCUAACAGGUUCCAAAACACCAUAGAAGAAUAAAAAGAAGAAGCACAAAAACGGGGAUAAAAGCUCCAGAAUUUGUUUAGAGUGAGGGGGUCAGGGUGAAGUAGCUGUGGUGAGGAUCGCCGAGUUCGUCCCGCGUCCCAAGGAUGAUUUUGGCCCAGUGGGAGUGACAUUUGUGAAGAGAAUGGAUCCUUGCUUUUUGGUUGAUCCAUAAAUGGUGUGGACUCGUGAUGAUUUAUUGUGUUUCCUCCACCCAGAGGGAGAGGGCGCUCCGGAUUACGAGAUAAGGGAUAAGGAUUGUGAUGGGUUUUACUCUCUGGAGCAUGGCGCUGUUGAAAGGAUGGAAUAUGUUGUUUCUUAACAUGACAGUGCAUUUUGUAUUUGAUUGAGCUCUAUUUAGAUUAGGCUAUUUGAUCGGAGAAACCUGUAUGAUGUGAAAAGUUGUGGGGUGAUCAUGGGGCUGGAGAUGCGAGGUGUCAGGUGAGAGAAAGGCAGAUUGAGGUUGCCAGGGUUACAGUAGUACAGGAAGUGUGGUAUGCUGAAGCAGGGAAGAGAGUGGUUGAGGAACAUGGGUACAGGGUGAGGGAUCCUGAGAGGAUUCCUGUGAGAGAUCAAGAGACUGUGAUGGGAAGAAUAUUUGCUUCAGCAAGGUGGGCUUUUUAUCAUUUAUAGUCGUGGUCGUCAAUUGUACUGCAGAAAUGAAUUGAAAGUCACAGAAAAUAGAGGUUGUGGUGGCAGUGGUAGAGAAGUACUUGGGAUUGCGAGAAUUUACUGCAGAACAGCUGCAGGGGGAGUGGUAGGGUUUUGUCUUCUCAACCCACUGGUCUAGAGUUGGACUAGAUAGGGUUCAAUAGUGGAAUGGGUGGCAAUUUCCAUUUUCCCCAAUAUUGUAUUAUUGUAUCAAAGAAGGUAGACCGUGAAUGGACUCACACCCCUCUCUUCCCUACAGUAGGUGGCGGUGUAUGCACCUUAAAGUUGGAUGCAAUCCAACAACCAAAUCCAAAAGAAGAAGAAUUAAAGCAGGAAGUGAAUAGCUAGAGAGUUGGUUUAUUUUCCUCAUUGACAUGUGGCUUUAUAGACCCUAAAAUUACCAAAUUACAGAUGGAGUUGAAUACGUUUCUGACUCAGCGGUUAACAGCGGCUGCUGUGGAGAUAUCGGCUGUCUUUGAAAAAAAAUGUGUCGAGUACCGGGUAGAAAUCUCCCGUUCGAAGGAGGAGAACAAACGUCUACAGCGGCUGUUGGAUUUGGUUUUCCACCCGGAAAUCAAGUUACGUCGAGCAGACUCCCAGCAGCUCUCUCUUCCUGCCUCUGAAGAGGAGGUUCCCCCUGAACAGCAGCACUGUGAGCAGGAGAGUAGCCCCAGGCAGGAGGACCCAGAGCACACACAGAUUAAAGAGGAACAGGAGGAACUCAGGACCAGUCAGAAAGAAGACCACCCUCAAGGGCUGAAACCUGAUACCAAAGACAUCUUAAUCCCUGCCUGUGUGAAAAGUCACUAUGAACAGGACCCACCUCUGCCCUCACAUCUUGACCAAACCUUGGAGAACAGAGAGAGGGACUCUCUACCCACCAACAAAACUGAACAGAUCAAAACAGAACCUGAUGGAGAGGAUUACAGCAUAUCAGAACCAACCAGGGACUCUCAGCUCCAGCUCCUUCCCCAGGUAGGAAACAUAGAAGAACGUGUUGAUGGGAUGGAGAGACCCAUUCCCCCUCCCUUCUCUCCAGACUCCCAGCAGCCCUCUCUCCCUGUCUCUAAAGAGGAGGUUCCCCCAGAGCAGCAGGAGAGAAGUCCCAGGCUGGGUCUGGAGGAACCAGAGUCCACAAAACAAGAGGAACUCUGGACGAAUCAGGAGGAACAGCAGCUGGAAUCUGACAGCAGCGUAUCAGAACCAACCAGUGACUCUCAGCUCCUCUCUGCAGUAAAUCCAGACUGUUCUGCAGCUCAGAGUGAAAACAGAGUAUCAGAACCAACCAGUGACUCUCAGCUCCUCUCUGCAGUAAAUCCAGACUGUUCCGCAGCUCAGAGUGAAAACGGUAAAGUUCAUCAGAGUCCCAGCACUUCUUCAGAACAAGAUUCUAGUAACGUGGAAUCAAAUGAAGCAUCUAGUUUCUCUACCUGGAGUGAGGAAAACAUCUCAGUAACAGACAGCAACUCUUCAGACAGUAGCUCCUGCACUAAAGAAGACUCUGAGACACAGCGACCAGCGAAGAGAACAUGCCAUUCUAGUGGUGUGGUGAACGAACCAUCUGAUUUGUCCAACUUAUGUGAUGAAAACACCCCGGGGACUGAGAUCAGCCCUUCAGACGGGAACAAAGACAUGAACAUCCAAACAGACUCUGGGGCUCAUAAUCCAGCUAAGAGGAUCUGUCAGAGGGUGCAUGAUGUUGCCGUAGCAAGACGUGGGAGUGGAGAGAUGGGCUCCUGUUCCCGUCCCAAAGUGCCAGGAUCCACUCGAUGUUACACUCACUGCUUGCACUGUCAAGGUCUGUACAUUCGAAAGUCACUACGGAAGCAUGUCAGAUACUGCCCUCUGAACCCCAAAGCUGAAAAACCAAAACCUGGACCAAAGAUGAGGAUUCAGUCAGCAAUGGCGUUUAAGAUGCGUCCUCAACCCGACUACGUCAGCACAGGUCUUUGGAAGAUAGUUUGUGGUAUGAACUCCGGCCGAGUUUCAUUUGUGGUUAGAAAUGACAAAUGUAUCCUCCUCAUGGGAGAGGAGCUGUACAACAAACUACAGCCAGAUGACAGAAGAAACAAAUACAUUCAACAAAGAAUGAGAGAGGUGGCAAGACUCCUCAUCACGGCCAGGACGUGUACACCUCUGAUGUGCUUUGAGGACUUGGUCAUACCUAGUAAUUUACCUCACGUCAUCACGGCAGUGAGAGCUGUUGCUGGCUACAACGAGGAGAACAAAACAUAUGACCGUCCGACGCUGGCUGUUCAAAUGGGAUACAACUUAAUGAACAUUGGCAACGCUGUGGAAUCCUGUGCGUUGACGUCAGGGCGACACAAAGUCGCGGAGUCUGCUGGCAAAUUCAAAGGUUUCAAGUGGAAUGAGGUUGUUUUGGCUGGAGCACUGUCCACUCUCAGUGAACCCCAAAAUAAAUGCUCCCAGCCGGCCCGUCUCCCAGCUGAGCCGGCGCCCAGCAAACCCGUCACACAGGUGCCCAGCAGGCCCGUCUCCCAGCGGAGCCGGCGCCCAGCAAACCUGUCACACAGGCGCUCAGCCGGCCUGCCUCCCAGCUGAGCCGGCGCUCAGCAAUCCCGGCGCACAGGCACCCAGGCGACCCGUAGCACAGGCACCCAGGCGACCCGUAGCACAGGCGCCCAGCCGAGCCAAAGAAACACUGUGAGAUUAAAGAGGAUCGUUGAUGAGGGAGCAGCAGUAGAGAAACACAUAAUGUCGUUCAUAAAGAGUGGCCAAGUUCCUGAAAAGAGGGACUGCCUCAAAUGCCUCCAGUCAGAACCUGUGGCGCUCAAAAGCAGAAACUGGUCGGGCAUUAAGUUCUAUGCAACUAGAAUCUAACGGAGACGGAGUGCUGCAGCAAACUUGGGAGAACGCGGGGUCUUCAAAUCAGGUCCAGAGACUGUCAACGCAACACCUUAGCCAUUGCGUUUCCCAGUCAGACUUCGAACCAGCCAGGGAUUUGAACCAGCAACUUUGUGUGUGGUGGGGGGGUUACAGGUACCAAUAUUUAAAUUCAUAUUCUGUUCAUAUAUUUUAUAUUCAUUUAGUUCACACAUUGUACCUAUGGGUUGCCACUAAAAACAUUGAAGAAGAAAUGAACUUUGCCAUUUCCUGGUUGGUAAAAUUCUAAUGGUAAACCUAAUUUCAGUUUGUGACAAAACAAGCAAGUAUAGUAUAGACUACAGGAUCAUUGUACCAUCUAAACCGCCGUGAAACAAUAUAUUUUCCAAAAACAAAAAUAUAUUAUUUUUUCGUCUGUUUUGAAGCUGAAAACAAAACUGAAAGUAAAAGACGCAAAAACGAAACUUAAGAACGGGAAGCAUAGAAAUAGGGCACAUAGAACAGAUCUACCGGGCUUCCUAGACUCACUUUCAAUGAGAGUGACAGAUCUAUAACUGUGUAAGUAGAGAUGGAGUCCUCCAUCGGGAUCUUGAGAGGCAGUAGGGCUCAUUUUGGUUUUUAUACAUUUUUGUAAUUUGAGAUUAAACCGAAUUUUUAUCUAUGAUCUUCAAUGCAUUUGGGAGCGAUAGAGAUACAUUGUCUAGAUAUAGUACAAUAUCGUCUGCGUAUUGAUGUUAUUUUCUUUGAUUGAUGAAUGGCCUGGGCCAGUGGGUUCCCAUGGAUAAUAAAAUAACAAAGGAGAAAUUGA